AUGUUCUGUGCCUUUCGGCCCAGCCUGCCCACACUCAUCGCUGCGCGAGCCUUGGGAGGGUUGUGCUGGGGCCUUGCAGCUGUACACUACCCGACUUGGGUGAAUCGGUAUGGCCCUGCUGACAAGCGCACCUUGUGGAUGGCAGGCAUUAAUGCCAUGCUGUUGACGGGGAUCGUGAGCGGCUACGUGGUGGGAGGUUUAUCCCGUGCCAUGGGAGCUGCCAGCUGGGAGUUCCUCUACCUUACAGAAGGCCUGCUCAUGCUCGGCUGCGGCAUUUGUGGCAGCCGCUUCGACAGCAGCGUUGUCCAGGUGCAGGCCACGGAGGGCGCCUCUGAGGCAGAGGAGAAGCUGCCCUCAGAGGCCGAAUCCACGGGACAGAAAGCGUCCCUGAUUCCGAAGGAACUGAAGGCGCUGGGCAGUUCCGGGCUCUUCCUCUCCACUCUGGCAGCCGGGUGCUUCCAGUCCGGAUCGGUUGGCUUCAUGCUGUAUUUCAUCACCCAAGCACUUGGUGCAAUCUUCCACUGGAGCGCUGAAACAAUUUCCAUCGUGGUGAGCAUUGUCAUCACCGUGGGCCCUAUCGGUGGCAUCAUCUUGGGCGCCAACUAUUUGAACAGCGUCGGUGGCUAUCGCAACUACCGGCGCGCGAACGCCAUGAUGGCCGUUUGCGCUAUAUGUAGUCUUCUCAGCGGCUGCUGCCUACCACUGGCAGGCUCCUCGCCGAUCUUUUACAGCAUCGCGAACCUCGGCCUCCUCCUUUUCGGGGCAGCGCCGACAGCCGCCAUCAACGGCAUCGCCGUGUCGUGCGUGCCAGAGGCGAAGCAUUUCGCCUCCGCUGCCCAGUUCGCUGCGCAGAAUCUGGCAAAGCUGUUGAUCCCCUUGCUGGGCGGAGUCGUCAUUGAUCACAUUGGGUUGGCCCGUGGCUAUCAUGCUGUCACUAUCGGUUCCUUGGUUCUGUACACCAUCGCAGCAUGCACUGCAUACCUUCAAGCCGCUCGCCAGGAUGCGGAGGAGGAGUGA